CAUCAAGUGCUCAUUAAAUUUCAAAUUAUCGUCUCGGUCCUGAUAAAUAAAUUAAAAUUUUAGUACAACUAAUUAUCGUAUACUGCAAUGUUCUGUAAUAAUAAAAAAAACGAAAGAUGUCUCAUAGAAGAAUAAAUAUAGUUGAUGUCGAAGAAACUAUCGUAAAUUUGGAGAGCAAAUUUCGAAACGUAGUCUUUACUUCAGCUUUGGCGCCGCCUGUUACAUCAAAUUUAGUUUAUUCAAAUACUGCAGCAUCAACUUUUACCAGCUCUAGUAUUACUUCAACGACAUCCAGCUACUUUAAUUCUACUGCAGUACCUCUAAACCCAAAUACUACAUCAUCUGCUUCUACAGUCACUACUGCGUCUACUUCAAAUAAUUCAACUGCUCAAGACGACUCUCGACGUGUUCCCGACUCGGUUUUGCCACUUGACCAUUAGCUGGACCAAUUGAUUUAAAAAAUAAUCAUCAGGAAUUGAAUACUAAAGACAAUUAAUAAAAUUUAUUAAAUGAAAAGACAAUUAUUUGGGUUUAGAAAAUUCAGUAAAAAAAAUUUGAAGCUCACGGUGGACUUUUGGACUGGUGUUUGUGUUUGUGUUUACAAAUUUAUUGCAUCAGUGAAGAUGAGUCACGAUCCUGAAUAUUCAUGUGAAAUGCCAUUGGAGUCUGAUAAUACGACGUUAAUUCGAUCGAGGGGAAUGUAUUUUGAUCAAAUUGAUUCGGACGAUAUCUCAUUACUGCAAAAUGAAGAUCUCGAAGGUGCCAUGGAUGCCCAAGAGAUGGCGAACAGGAUGGGGACGGAGAUCGACUCGGGAAAUAGCGGAUACGAUCAACAACGUGACGGUGAGGGCGACAGGGGCGGCGGUGAUGAGGGCGGAGGAUAUCCUUAUCCACUCCAUCCAAUGGCGAGAUUGCAGCAGUACGCGACAUGUGAAUUGCCCUACAACAGACAACUUGUUGGACGAAUAUUAGUAGAAAUAUUCCGGGGCGCUAUAGACAAUGGAACGGAUUUAAAUGUCACGGAAGUAAUGCAACCCGUCCACAAAUUAGUCCACGACACAGAAUCAGCAGUGAGAUUGGAAUUGGUUGAGCAGCUGCCGCACGUCGCUAUGAUUUGCCAAGAAGCGCCAGAAAAAUACGGAAGUAUUUUAUCAAAUCAUCUUAUCCACAUCAUCGUUGGUUUUCUUCAAGAUACUGACCAACAGGUACGACAAUCAACUCAUACUGCGCUCUUAACACUAAUAGAACGUGGCCUGUUGGACAAGAACUCUGCUGAAAAUGUCGUUGCACCAACACUUUUAACGAUGGGAACACAGCCAGCAAAACUGGAGUACAUUAAUUUUGCAAUUGAUGGAAUGAGCAAAGUCGCUUCUAUACUCGAUCCUGAAACAGCAGAGAGACUUUUUUUACAACGUUACCUGUCACUAUGCUCAGACAUUAAUUUCUUUAUACGUAAAUUAUGUGCGAUACAUUUCGGCGAAUUUUCAACGGCGAUGUCUAAAGAAACAGUGUAUGACAUAUUGCUGCCGGCGUACAUAAAUUUAUGCAAAGAUCCAGUUUGGACAGUGAGAAAAUCAUGCGCAGAAGUGAUAGUAUCAGUAGCCUGCUGUGUCCCGAUUGAAUUACGUCGUACAACAUUGUCCACGAUAUUAGCUAGUCAUCUAGAAGAUGAGUCCAAGUGGGUUAGAUUAUCAGCUUACCAAAUGCUUGGUCCUUUUAUAUCAACUUUUGCUAGGAAAUUCACUGGAAUUGCGUAUAAUCAUUACGGUGAACUCAUACUUACAGACCAGCAUGGUACUGAGCUCAGGUAUAACAUGAUAUCUUUCAAUUCAGGUGAGUCGGCGAUGUCAUGUAAGUCAGCAUCAGACGAAGAUUACGAGCAAGACAACGAAAUGAUGAACAACACGAUGUCUAGGGAAAACCAAGAAGACAACGUACAAAAAUACCGAAGGAAAAUGGGAGGUAGAAGCAAACUGUAUCAAAAAAGAAUGGCUAAGGAAUGCGCUGACUUAGCCAAGAAGCAGUGGAACAGCUUGGGUUCACUAAACAAAACAUCAAAUUACGAAGAUUCUGCUGACGAAGAUCAUCAUCAAUUCAAUUCAUUUCUCUACUACUACAUACCCCCACCGGAUUUACCUCCACUAGACAAUGAUCUAAUGGAAAUUGAUGAUGCCAAUGAUUCAUCAGCUGCCGGAGAAAAUUUAAAAGACCAAGAUGAUUCACUCAACGAAUCUACGGAUGGCAAAAUAAAGACAGAGACAGAAGACACCGAGGCUGUAACUGAAACCGGAACUGAUACUGAUACUGAUAGAAAUUCUCUUGAUAAUUCCGAUACCCCCCGCAAUAACACCGACGUUGAACCAACAAGUAAUGAAAUUGAUAGCAAUGAUCCUCAGGAUAGCAAAGAAAUUAAGAACGAAAUAAAUAAUGAGACUGAAAAAAAUCCUUGUUAUGAAGAUGAUAAAGAUAACGAACAAGAUAAAGAACAAGAGCGAGAACAAGAUAACGGACAAUACGAAGAUGAAGAUAAAGAUUUACUAAAUAAUAGUCAAAACAAUUCAACAGACGAUUACAAAUUGAUGAGCGAAACAAUAAGUAUAUCAAAUACAUCAUUAGAUUAUAGUAAUUUUGAGUCAUCAGAUUCAAAACAACGUAAUAAUUAUGCCGUCAACAAUCCAUCAGAUAAUGAUAAUAGUCAGACAAUAGUACCACAAGAACUGAUUAAUUUUUUUGUAUCCAUGGCUGAACCAGAGGCAUGGUGGAAUUCCAAGUGGAACAACGCCGAAAUUCCCCGUUUCUGUGCAUUUUAUUUUCCCGCAGUUGUCUUGACACUCGGCAAAGAAAACUGGCCAAUGUUGAAAACAGCAUACGGAUAUUUAUCAGACGCACGUGAAUACAAAGUACGUCGUACAAUGGCAUCAAGUAUCCAUGAGGUAGCGAUGAUACUAGGCGAGGAAUUAUCAGCCCAAGAUUUGCUGCCUAUCUACGAUGGAUUUAUAAAAGAUUUAGACGAAGUAAGAAUAAGUGCAUUGAAACAUUUAGCGACAUUUUUAAAAGUAUUAAAGCCAGCAGAUCGCUGUCAUUUUUUACCCCGUCUCAAGGCAUUUUUAUCAAUAGACAAUGAAAGUAAUUGGCGAUUUCGUGAGGAAGUUGCAUGUCGUCUGCUUGAAUCUGUAUCACUCUACAGUACCAAUGACGUUGCUAAAUACAUCGCGCCACUGUCAUUCCCACUGUUAGUCGACAAAGUUGCCGCGGUAAGACAAAUGGCACUUGAACUUGUCACUCAAAUAAUUUCAUAUUUGUCAAGCGAUGACAGUCUGGUCACAGCAAUAAUCCAAGAAUUGAGAUCAAUGUUGACUGCCAGCUCAUCGCGCUGGACAUGCAGACAAACAUUUGCAUUACUCUGUGCCUCGUUGAUAAGCAAAGAUGCCAUAAGCGGUGAAAAAUUUUCAAGUGAAUUAUUGCCCUGGCUUUUAGAUUUAUCAUCAGACGUUGUGCCUAAUGUCAGAUUAGCUGUUAUCAGAACACUGACGACGCAAGUUGUCAACAUAAGCAAUAUUCUUAGUGAGGAAGAGGUUGAAUUGAUAAAUAAUAAGGUACAGCUAUCACGGGAAGAUCCCGAUCGUGAUGUCAGAGCAAUUGCUGGCGGUAGUGUCGGUAAAUAUCAAGCAUUCAAGUGGCCAGAAAUUAGAGAUCUUCCUAGUGUCAGUCAUAAAAGACAGUUGGAUGGCAAUUAGGGGUUUAAAAAAAUUUUUUCACGUCAAAACUCAUGUCCAUGUAUCUUCAAUUGAUU